AUGAAGAGCAAAGCCAAAGGGACUAUUCUGCCUCUGCGGCAGGCCGAAUUCGACGCCCUGCCGUAUUCAGUCCAGAGAAAGUACUUUUCAUCCCUGGAGCGUUUGCAGAUCGCCCAGCACGCCUCCGACGAGCCUACUACAUCAGGCCGCUCGUCCCAGGCCAGCACCGCUUCCAAAUCCCACCGGCCCUCGCUAUCUCUCGGCACCGGACGACGCAGACGCAAAUCCGAAAAGGCUGUGCACGCUCACGACAUCUCCCACAUUGACCUUGACUUCUUUCUCUCCUUGCCUGAAAAGGUACGCAAGCAGCAUUUUUCCCGCGAAGAGCAGGCCCUCCUCCAAGGCAGGCACGAACAGGCGUUCCUUCCCGACGACCAGGAUCCCGAGUGGGCACAACAACGCUUCAACGAUUUUCACUUCGACUUCUCCCACUCCACGCUCGACCUUCCGGAACGCGGCCGUUCACGACGUCGUUCAUCUUCGGCCUCUUCAACCGUCAGCCCUUCCCGCCCUACUUUCGGGCCUUCUUGUACAUCAAACACGGACAAGGACCGAAACACCCAUUUACUAUAUCUCGACACAAUGGCCACGCCCAUCUUCCAUCGGAGGGAAACCUCAACGGCAGACAUGAGACGAACCAUGUCCCUCACGUCGCACCCUGUCCGCCUUGGAUCUUCAUACAUGGCGGAUCCUCCACUCUUCAAUGCUCGGCCGAAUCGACUUCACCAGCGUGCCCACUCUUCUUCUCUCACAGGCCACAUUUCGCCAUCUACGCCGCCAACUCUCAUGAUCGACCCCGAAGCGACACACUACCAGGAUCCCGAGGCGAGGAAAAAGCUGCGCAUGUAUCUUGCAUCUCCUCAAAAGUUCGACGAAGCGAUUGAAUUCGGCUUCCCAUCGUCCGCUGGAAGCGACGCCGCUACACCCCACUUCCAGCUGCCACAGAUCGACAAUCAUGCUCGCAAGUUCAGCCGAGACAUGCACACCUUCCUUAGGGAUGGACAGCUGUCGUUCUUCGAAGACCAUCCAAAGGAGAACCAGGGACUGGAAUCUGAUGCCGGCUCUGUAGCCGACAUGGACUCACCUGCCACGCCCUCCAGCACCGGCCUGUCUUUCCGCAUGCACUCCCGCCAAAUCUCGCACCGCAAGUUCUCGGUCGAUUCGCCGGCUCCGUCGCCUGUCCACUCCGCCAAUGGGCAUUUUAAUCGCGAGAUGACGCUCCGUAUGACCUUGACCCGGCCCGAUUUACGAGCUGACGAAGAUCAACUGUAUGGCUGGCAAGGCUCAGGCUCAAGCUCAAGUCCCAAAACCUCGAAAGACGAUCCUCUGGCACUGGAAGACCUUGUCUUCACCGACGACAUGACCGGUACCAAGGGCGCCUUCUACGUUAAGCCUAAACCGCGCGGAAACCUCGUGAGCCGCCUACUGAAGCGUGCCAGCCUCAAGGCCACCAGUCGCUGA